CGAAAGUAAGUAUAUGUGAAGCUCUAUUUCGCAGGUUGCAGCCUGGACGACACAGACCUGAACGGAUCGAUAGAUACUAAAAGACCUAGUAGUAACGUAUAAUUUUUGAUGGCAGCUUGUUCGCUGCUGUUGCUUUUUGUCGCGUCGUGCUCAGUCCUCCUAAGAAUAACCGAAGCCAAGGCGCGUUUGUUGAACUUCGCCCUACAACAACCAGUAAGUGCAAGCUGCAAGAAGAUGCGCCAGCCUUUAGUUCCUCAUCUCCCCACGACGUUGCUGAUGAAACAGCUGCGCGCGUCGACGUCGUCGAGGACUGGUGGAGCAGCCAUCUCGUGUCUUCGCGCGACGACGUUGAAUCGCUGUGACAGUGACACGCUGGCAGUUCGUACUACAUCAACUCAUUUUCCCAGACAGGAGGAAAUAUGGAACCGCCCAGGAAGACUUUCAGUACCACGUGGGAGUAACAUCGUGCUCAGCAUGCCACAGCAGGCGAGCGUGUGCUCUUCUUCCUCAAGAACCUUUUUCGGUACUUGCAACUAUCCACGCGCCUGCUGCAGUGUCGUGGUUUCUUCGUCGAAUAGGACAAAGACCGCAGAGCGAAGCAUCUUGUUGAACGGUGUUUGUCAUCAUCGACCACCUCCAAUUACAACGUCGGGAGUACUAGGACGAGUAGGUGUUAGAAGUGGUAGGAGUUUCGCCUCGAUACCAACGAAGGAACACCCUCUGGUUUUCCACCGUUCUAUCCCGAGUAAAACGCCCGCCGACCCCCCGGACGAUGUGGAAAAAGUGUUCAUUCUCCCGGGGCUCCUGGGGUCCACCGACAACUGGGUGCCGGCCACGAAGAAGCUCGCGGCGAAAGUCCCCGGGAAGGAUUUCAUCCUCAUCGACGCGCGCAACCACGGCAAGAGCUUUCACGCUCCGGACAGUAGCUUUGAGGCCAUGGUCGCGGAUCUGAAAAGGUUGGUAGACAGUCAUACAAGUAGUACCGGCUCUACGACACCUCGAAGCAGGGUUUCAAUAAUCGGGCAUUCUCUGGGCGGCAAAACGUCGAUGCGGUUCGCGUUGAAGCACGCAAAUCUGGUCCGUAAGUUAAUCGUCGUGGAUAUCGCCCCGCGGCGCUACAACGUGGACUACUACGUGUUGUUACUGAGUCACCUGCAGGCAGCCGCCGGGACCACGCACUUAUCUUCGCGAAAAGCGGCCGAGGCCUGGUUGCAGAAGGGACUGGAUGAGAACCGGGCCGGGAGAUACUUUGAAGAAUUUUACCGGCAGCAUGGAAUGCAGGCUGUAAAUACGCUAGAGAAAACGACCUCUUCAUCAGCCUCUGCUCGGCAAGCCAUGGUGGAAAAGGUUCUGAACGACCUGAGCACCGACAAAAACCUCCGCGCUUUUCUGCUGAAAAACCUCGCUACCGCGGAGGACAAGUCCAAGUUGGAAUGGAGGCCGAACUUGCCUGCGCUGCUGGCGAAUUGGCCAGGUUUAGCCGGUGGGUUCUUUGAUGAGGGUGGAGACAUCGUCGAUGCGGUCAACAUUUCAGCGCUCGACAAAACGGCGAUGCCGCCCUGUCUUGUGCUGCGGGGCGGCGCCGGCGGCUACGUGGAAGUGGACCGAGAUUUGCCCGAGUUUCAAAAAAUGUUUCCCGAGACCGCAAUUGACACGAUUGACGGCGCAGGUCACUGGCCACACGCCUCGCACACAGAUAUUGUCGUGGAAAAGAUUGCGGAGUUUCUUUUGAACUGAUCGUGACAGAUAAGUUUCUAAUAUCGCAGUCGCAAACAAGGAUUAUUUGAUUGAUGCUGACAGCAAGUAAGUUCAAGCCUUCAU